AUGAUUUCAUCUUUGACCCACCGAUCAUGCAAAUACAAUCUUAAUCUUGAUGAACAAAAACAGGAGCGGACAGCUGGAAUACGAGGAUCUGGGUCUUUCAAUUCACGUCAAGAUGGGUAUCACAAAAACAAGGCCACUUCCUUUGCAAAGAGGCUUCUUUCUAGUUUGUUAAAAUAUCGAAUAAUGGUCCCUGGAAUAAUUAUCAUUAUUUCAAUGGCAUUAACUUGGUUUCUGAGGGAAUUAGCUAUAGAAUUAGUUACAGGAAAAUCAAAAAUGGAAAAGCAAUAUUCUUUGAAUGAGUUCUCAAACGAGAUUAGACAAGCCCUACAAACUAUUCAUUUUCCCAAUAAAAUCAUAGAACAUUUUAAUCCAGACUGGACCAUUGGCUCUUCAGAAGAUGGGUGGAAUGACGAAAGUAUUGGACCUUCAGUCCUCAUGAGUGUAUCGAAAGUUUUUGACAUGAGAUUGGCGCCGGCGCUAUCGCUUGCUUUGUUCAGGCAAAGCCUUGAGAAAUCACAUUUUGAUUACGAUUAUAAAGCUCCGUUUUCCUGGUAUUCAUGGUUAGACCUAGAUAAUAGGCUCACAUACGAAAAUUAUUUCGAAGAAACUUUCAACUUUUCAACUUGUGAAACUUUUAAAGAUUAUUAUAAAUUGUCAUUUCGUCUACCGUGUACAAAUAUUGAGAGUAGACAUGGGAAAUCUAUAGCUUUUUUAAGCCCUAUUCAAGAAGCGUUUCCAGUAAGUGCUAGAAGAAUCAUUGCUGCUUCGUAUUUGGCUCAUUCUGCGCCUCUACCUCAACGAUUAUUAUUUCUCAACGUUGGUGAUAGUCACGAAUCAUUAUCUCUACCAACUAUACCGUGUCAGAAUAUGCGAAACUGCUUAUUAGAUAUGGGGUUAAAUUAUAUCAAUCAGGAGUCUAAUUUUUGUGAAAACUCUUGUAAUGUCACCGUCAACAAGGGCUUGAAUUUUCGAGACCAAAUUAAGAGUUAUUUGACGUUAUUGGAUCAAUUAAGGCUUGAAUUUGGUAACUCCGGUAGGUUUCAUUCUUCCUAUGAUCAGGCAAGAUUAAUUAAUGAUUCAAAAACUCACUUAUAUAAUACUGCACUCACUAAAGCCAAUUUUAUUGUUGAGCUUCCUAUUUUGGAAAAGGAAGCACUUCAAAAAGUUGGCGAAAAUAUGCUCUCAAAAUUAUAUGAUAGAAAUGUGGAUUUUGACUACAGGUUUCUACAAAUGAUCCUGAGUAUGGACCGUGUCAAUCCGCCUAAGUACUUUUAUGAGGCUCUCCUUACUUCAAAAACUCAUGAAGGUGGACAUUAUGACUGGAGGUUUUUCAAUAGAGCAAUCUAUGAUGAUCGUGAGAGGAAUUUGAUUCUUCAUAGGAUCACUAAGGCCUGGUUAACGUUUGCUAAACAAGUAGGACUUAAAACUUGGCUAAUGCAUGGCACAUUAUUGGGUUUUCAUUUUAAUGGCAUGAACAUGCCAUUUGACAAUGAUUUGGAUGUCGUUAUGACCAUGGAUUCAUUGUUGAAGUUAGGAAGAGAGUACAAUCAAACAUUAAUCAUUGACACCUCAAUCAAGCAUAAUAUGAAUGAAUCAUUGGGAAUAGGAUCAUACUUGCUUGAUAUCAAUCCUUCAUACUUGUUGCGUUCUAAAGGAAAUGGUCAAAACACUAUUGAUGCCAGGCUCAUCGAUACCUAUACGGGACUUUACAUUGAUAUUACUGCAAUCGCUAGUACCCUAGAUCAUAAAUUUAACAAACGAUCGUUAAAACACUUCCAACAGGAAUUCAAUCAAAUGUUGGAUCCAAAUUAUGAGGAAAGGAUUAUUUCGAUGGACACCGAAAAUUAUGGUCGCUCUUUGGAUGAUAAAUUAAAACAACUUAUCAAUUAUAAACACGUCUAUAAUUGCAAGAACAACCAUUUUUAUCAAUUUUCUGAUAUUGAACCUUUAAGACAAGUUUAUUUUGAAGGUUUGGAAGCGUACAUUCCUAAUGGAAUUGAGAGAAUUUUGAAUAGGGAGUAUAAUAAGGCUCUUCGAAAAUUUAGAUACAAAAAUUAUAUUUUUAGAAAACAGCUAAGAUUAUGGAUAUCUAUCGAAGACUGUCCUGCGAAAAUCAGCGAUCCUGAGUGUUUAAAGAACCUCAAAGUUGAACGCGAAUUCAACUUAACUAAAGAUUUCACGCAGCUUCAUCAACAAAGCUAUCGACCAUUCCAUGGCAAGAAUAAUGAAAAUCUUUCAAGUUCGAUAUUCAAAGAUGAUCCUUGGUUAUUAGAACUUGCGGAAAUAAUUCAUAGUACAAUAAAAGAAGUGAAAAAUUGGCGGUGA